AUGGCAUAAUGCUUUAAUUUAAUACAUAUAUCAGAUUAAUGCAAGCUGAAAAUGACCAUCAAUAAGAGAGUUCAAAUAAUAUUAAUCAUCUUCGUUAAAAAUCAUCUUAUGUAUGAAGUAUUCCAAAUAUCGUUUCAGUUAAUCAGGAAUAGAAGAAAAAUUUAUGAUGACAAUGACUUUAGGGAGGUUGUCAAAAAUUUCUACAAUUUGGUCUCCGAAAUUAAUAAAGGUUAAUAUUCGGUCUAGACAUUAAUAGUUAAGAAGAUAUCGAAGGCUCCCUUACGGAAAUAGCCUCAAUAGUUGAAAUAAAAAAAUACAAGCAAAAACAAAUAACCACCAACUAAGGAACUUUCUUAUUCUAAAAGGGAUGUCCAUUUCAGACCUGAUUAACAAGCAUAAUAAUACUUCAAUUCUUGUUUCAGUCAAUAAAUUAUGAGUCAAUUGAUGCCUACCUUCGAUCAGCCUAGUAGUAAAUAAACUCCAUUCUUUUAUGAUAAACCGAAGCCUCAUCUCAAUUUCAAACGAAAUCAAAUGCAUAUCCAAGCCGCAUACUAAAUUUAUAUAAAGGAGUUUGGCUCUGGAUUGGUUGACAGCAGGGAUCCAACAUCAUUUGCAAGAAAAGUUAUGAAUUCCAACUUUAAUUCUAAAACCCAAUAUUAAGAGGAGGAAAAGGAGAGUGACAGAUCAGAAAAAUUAAAUAAGUCUUAUGAAGAUGGCAAAAAGAAACCUUUAAAAGAACUAGUUCGAGAAUUUUAGAGUGAUUAAUGAUUUUAAAAACAAACGAAGUAAUAAAAAGAUGGGUAUAAAAAUAAUAGCAUAA